UCAGUCGCGCCCUCGCGCUCACCGACAUCGCUAAUCGUCGUUACUCUUUCUCGCCCUCCGAACGUAACGUCGGGUCGUCCAGAUCACGUUAUUUCAUUCGUGAUUAGCUUCGAUUGGAAAUCAGUCGUUCCGACAUUUCUUUCCGACUUAUAUCGUUCCGAUAUCAGAUACGAACCAUGAAUUACACGGUAUUGUUGAGCUUGUUGAUCGUCUGUUGGAUUCGGUUGCCAGUAGUUCGUUGUGGGACGCGACCGAGUUUCGUUUCGGACGAAAUGAUCGCAACGGCAGCUAGCGUGGUGAAUGCUUGUCAAACGCAAACAGGCGUGGCGACAGUGGAUAUAGAGGCAGUGAGGAAUGGUCAGUGGCCCGAAACACGUCAAUUGAAGUGUUACAUGUACUGUUUGUGGGAACAAUUCGGGCUAGUCGAUGACAAGAGAGAACUCAGCUUGAACGGCAUGCUCACGUUUUUCCAAAGAAUACCAGCUUACAGGGCAGAGGUGCAGAAAGCGAUCAGCGAGUGCAAGGGGAUCGGUAAAUAUUUGGCUAAAGGUGACAAUUGCGAGUACGCGUACAGGUUUAACAAAUGUUACGCGGAAUCAUCUCCGCGGACCUACUAUCUCUUUUAACCGAGUUUCAUUCGAAUCGAAGAAGAGACGAGAUCGGAAGGAAGCGAUGCAACUAUCUCAUCGAACGAAUCGAAGCUGGCGUUGAAUUGUGUUUCGCCUUAUCACCUAACAGAAUUGUUACCCAUUGAAACGAGUAGACGGCUUUCUGUACGAAACGUUAAUAAAAGAAAGAGACAUUA